AGACCAUCGAUGAUACUCCAAUACCUCCAAAUUAUCUGCUGAAUCAAUUGAGUCUCACGCUUCGUUUCGAAUAACUCUGUGGGUCAUAAAAGAGUAAAAGACAAAAUCGGGAAAAAGGAGGCACAAUAUGAAUCCCACUCAGGCACCCCAUCAACUAACCGACCCUUGGUAGUCUAAUCUGCCCUGCUUCAACAAUGUCAACACACGGCGAAGAGAUCGCCGAAGUGGCAGCAGCCGAACAUCGUCUGUCUAAAAGAGGUGCUUACAAUGCUACCCAUCGCGAUAUUUGGGGUCCCCGGGAAAAGGCUAUGGGCAAUCCGUGGUCGCCAGACAACACCGGUGGAACAGUCAUACUUCGCCUUGCAGAAAAUAGCCUUCUACAUGAAGAAAUCGUAACGUUUACGAAGACGCAGGCGACUCAUCCGACUGACCACCUUACUUACAGCACCGGCCCGCGUGGAUCACGUCGUCUCCAGCAUGCAGCUGCCGCAUUCCUCAACGAGGUUUUUGAGUCCAACACAGUCAUUACGCCGCAUGAUAUCUUCGUUACCUCCGGACUUGCUAGCGCUCUGGACACAUUGACAUGGGCGAUCUGUGAUGAGGGCGACGGAAUCUUAAUUCCACAGCCAUACUAUAACGGAUUUGACUAUGAUCUUAUGAAUCGGAGUAGGGUCCGCGUAGUCGGCAUCCCUUAUGAAGGUAUUGAUGGAUACUCGAGACUGGACGACCUGUUCAAUCCUGGUGUGAACAGAAGGGCCGUUGAAAGGGCGCUUCAAAAGGCGAGACAGUGUGAUAUAACGAUUCGAGCACUCAUGAUUUCCAAUCCCCACAAUCCGCUGGGAAGAUGCUACCCUGCCGAGACGCUAAUGGAGUUCGCAGCACUCUGUGGAGAGAAUGGUCUACAUCUUAUUUCUGACGAGAUCUAUGCUCUAUCGGUUUUCAGCAACCCUGCCGCCUCAGGAUCGACACGUUUUACAUCACUCAUGUCUCUCAAUCUAAACGGCAAUAUCGACGCAAGCCUCCUCCACAUUCUCUACGGUGCAAGCAAAGACUUUUGUGCCAAUGGCUUCCGCUUGGGCUUUGUGUGCACAAAGAACAAAGGUGUUAUUACAGCAAUGUCGAGUAUCGGGAUGUGCCUCUGGUCUCCGCAUAUCAUUCAAGAUGUCUGGGCUGGGAUGUUGAGCAACAGACAAUGGAUGGAUGCGUUCAUGUCGAGAAAACAUAUUCUCAUGGAACGCAACUACGCUAUAGUGAGCUCGUUCCUGAAGAAAAACGGCAUUGAGUAUUUCGAGAUGAAUGCAGGCCUCUUUGUGUGGAUCGAUCUCCGCCGAUUCAUGCCGACUGCAAACGACGAUGGCACUGUACACAAUGCGGGGUGCUCUCGAGCUAGCAUAAACCAGAAGGAAGAACUCGAAUUCGCGCAGAUCUGUAUGCAGACCGGUGUUCUGGUUGCACCUAGCCAUUUGUACGGGUCGGAGGAACUUGGCUGGUUUCGAAUUACUUUUACAUUAAGUAGCGACGCGCUGGAAGAAGGUCUUCGUCGCUUAUGGAUUGCACUGCAACUGCUUUCCACCAAGGGCUCCCAGGCUGUUGCAAUGUAA